AUGGUUGGUUACGCCCUGGCCGGAAGAGACUUACCCGUCACCGACUACGCAUCCAUGGACACUCUUGAACGAGUGUAUAACGAAGCCCACCAAUAUCUGUUUUCGUUGGCUGUGAAUCACCUACUCACUAACGGUACCGAGAUAACGAACAACACUGCGUCAAUCGAUUACUUCUUAACCGGUGUCGUACUCAGAUUGGUUUAUGAUGACCAAACGAAAAGCUCCAAAGUGACGCUCGAAAAGUUCAUCGGAGACUCUUUAAAGCCUGAAGAUCACAAUGCUGGGCUACAAAAAGGAUAUUACGAUCCAGUUCGACCUUUGGUUUUAAGAGGAUGGAGCGGGUUGCUCUUUGUGUUGGCCUUGACUGGUGUAAUGGUCGGUCUUUCAUAUCUGAAACAGCAAGAGAAAAUGUUAAAAGGAUUACACCGUCCCUCCGAGAACUUCGAAGUAUUGCAACUUCUGGAGAACUAUAUUCCGACUGUAUUCGCAACAUUAAUAGAACCUUUCUGGGUUCUUUUGAAUCGUUUGCUCUGCGUUUUGCAACCCUUCCGGGAUCUCUGGCAGGGCAAAGCCGAACCAUCACGAUCUAUCUCAGCUUCUUAUACUUCCAUUCCCCCACAGCUAGUCAUAUGGAGGGCGUUGAAGUCAAGGCACAUUGUUCUUGUACUCGUUUGCACAAUGGCUCUGCUUGCCAAUCUUCUAGCUGUUGGUAUGGGUUCUCUUUUUAACGAAGCGCCCAUGUUAGCAGAGUACACGGAACUCAUGCUGCCUGCCUUCAACGCGAAAUUUGAUAACGAUUCUGUAUUUGGACUUGACAGAGCUUUACACCAGGAUCUCAUUACGACAAGCCAGUACUCUGAUCAUUACUAUAUCGCGAUGGCCAAUCUCUCUUCUGGCACUACGCUUCCGCCAUGGGUAUCAAAAGAUUACUACUUCCAGCGACACGAGAUGGCAAAAUCUAAACAAUCCAAUUCUCGUGAUGUGUAUAACAUACCCGCCCGAGGGUUUGGAGCCACGGCAAAUUGCACGGCAUUGCCUGUCAGACGACUACCAGUCCAUGACACUCCUCGACCUUUCCGAGAUUUCUCACAAGUGAAAGAUGGGGACUGCGGUGAUGCUAUUGACAUUGUUAGUCAAGAAAUGCGAGAAAACAUAUUCAAUCGUUCGACAGGUGUCUCUGGCGAGGAAUACGUCGGUACUCUUGGGGACAACCAAGGUCCGGUACGAUGUGCUCGAACCUUGAUUAUGGGAUGGGCCCGAACCUCCGAUGCUGAAAAUAUAAACGGCACCGUUGAUGCCAGUUUCAUAACUUGUCGCCCGACUUUACAAACAGCCUUAUUCAAUCUCACAGUGGAUUCACUGGGCCACGUACUUUCGUACGAUAGAACGAGCGAAAUUGAGACCAGCUUGGACUACGAGGGCUGGGAAUCGCACGUAGAUCUCAUCAUUCGGAACGUUGGCAUACAAUGGCAAAGUAUGCCAUUUCAAUGGCAUAAUGACUCGACAGCACGAGACUGGAUGAAUUAUCUCACAGUGCUCAAGACUGGAUCGAGAGACAUACUCAAUCCACUCAACGCUGUCCCAGAUACCGAAAAGCUGAAGCCCGUGGUCGAAGACAUAUACCGCCGCGUUUUUGCGAUAUUCCUAGGUUUGAACGACCAGCUAUUCGACACCAGAAACGAAACGGAGCCUUCGACAGUGGUCCGAAGGUCGGAGGAAACUCGAAUUUUCAUGGAAGACGCUUCAUUUAUUAUGACCAUGACCAUUCUAUCUUUGAAUGCAGCUGUUGCUUUGCUCUUCUACAGCAGAGCUGUACCAUUUGUUCUACCACGGUUACCGACCACCUUGGGUUCAACUCUUGCCUAUGUCGCGCCAAGUCGACUUGCUGCGCCUUCUUUUCAAGCCUCUCCGGGGCACUUAUCACGAACAUUUAGUUUCGGGAGAUCCGGUUUCGCUGAAGAUGAAAAAGGAUUUCUUUCGACGGAUUUGCAGGAAUAA